AUGGAGUUUAUUUAUUUAUUUUGGAACAGUCAGCAUUUCCUUUAUCGUGUUCCUUUUCUUGAGAAUCACUCAGUUGAUCUCCAGCUUCUAUACAACUCACGUAAUGGAAAUAGUAAUAUUUCAAGUGACACCACCACUCAUUCUACAACAGUAGUUGAUGAUCUGCAGAAUCGGUUGAUGAGUGCCACAAAGGAGUUCAAGGAAAACUUGAAGGUUCAUGAAAACAGGAGACAAUUGUUCUCUUCUAAUGCUUCCAAGAAUCCGGCUACUCCAUUUGUUCGCCACCGACCUUUGGCUGCAAAGCCUGCUGGAAGUACUUCAGCUGUCCCUACUUGA